AUGCAGCGCCCGGGCAACAAAAUCAACACGCGCGACGCCGACCCCAACCACUUCAUUACCUUUAUUCGCGUGCUGGAUAAGUUUCGCGACAAGGAUGUCGCCGAGUCAAUCCUCAAGGCAGUCGCGGCCCAGACCAAGCCCAUCUUCCAGCACCGGUACAUGCAGUGCAUCACGCUCGAGGAGGCUAAGCACAACAAUGUCUGGGUUGGCCUGAACACCAACCACGGCCAGCGCAUCCAGCUUGUUCUCCGCCGUCCUAACGGCUCGUUCUACCCCUUGCCGUUCAUCAUGUCGGUCAUGUGCCAUGAGAUGGCACACAUUACUCACAUGAACCACCGCAAGGACUUUCAGGAGCUCAACGCUGCCAUCAAGAAGGAUGUGGCCCAGCUCCAGAGCAAAGGGUACUAUGGCGACGGCUUUUGGUCCAACGGCAAACGUCUCGGCGACAGCGUCCCGAUGGGAUCUGACGGUCUCGACAGGACCAGCCUCCCGGAGCACGUUUGCGGUGUCAGUGCAUACGACGACGCUCGCAGUGGCCGCCGUGUCCAUGCCAGUUCCGCCAGCAGCCGCGCUCCGGGCCUCGUCAAAGGCGAGGCGUCGCACCGUUCCGGCCGCCAGACGGAUUAUCGCCGCAAAGCCGGCCGCCGCGUCAACACCGACAUGGGCGAGAGCAGUGGCCGUCUCGACGGUCGGAGGGACAUCACCAAGGAGGACCGCGAGAAGCGCGCCAAGUGGGUUGCGCAGGAGAAGAAGCACCUCAUGCGCACUGGCAUGAGCGACAAGAAGGCGCAGGCGCGUGCGGCCGAGAUGUUUGACGAUGACAACCCGUGGUACAAGGAGGGCAGUACCUUUGGCAAGAGGGCCAAGUCCAAGACUGCCUCUGACCAGCGUGCCGCCGCAUUUGAACGUCUCCUGGGUCUCAACAAGGUCAAGGAUGAGGUCAAGGACGAGGCCGAGGACGUCGACUACGAGUCGGAGGAGGGCGGCGACCGCCAGCACGACGUGAACGACUCCGAGGUCGACGAGCUCGACUCGUCUGACGACGACAAUGCCGAGGUUCAAAUCAAAUACGAGCCCGUCGACGACGGCGAAGACAUCAGCAUGGACGAGCGCCGCCGUGAACUCGAGGUCGACGACGCCGCUCUGCGCGACGAAUGGAACACGUUUUUGGCCACCACCACGCCAUUGUCCAGCGGCAGCAGCAGCCCCACCAAGCGCCACCCUGGCCUGGGCAACUGGAACACGUUCAUCGCCGGUCUCCAGAACAACUCGAAGCGCAAACUCGACGAGGUGGAGCUUGCCGAGGCUGGCAUCUUUACGGUCGAGGACAGCCCGUCUCCGCCACCACCCCAGAAACGCGCCACUCCCACGGCCGGUACCAGUUCAAAGGCCACCAAGACGACCACCAAGGCCACUGCUCCCAAGCCCCGGCCACACUUUGGCGCGUCGAUGGUGGGCCAGGAACGCAACCGUAAUCUCGGCCUGGCAACUUCGUCGUCGUCGACUGGCAGCAGCAGUCGCGUUCUGGGUUCUGGGCCCUCCAUGUCGCGUGGUGGCGGUGGCGGCGGAUCCGUCUCAAAGGCCAACGCAGCGGCGGCGGUUGCACCGGUCUCACGCGGCGUGAGUCUGAUCGACACCAACGCCGGCGGCGGCAGCAACAUGAACGGAGGCAGCAGCAAGUUCUGGACGUGCGGUCGCUGCACGUACGCCGAAAACCACACGGACCGUGGCCGUUGCGAGAUGUGUGAAGCGCAUCCAGACGGUACGGAAUGA